ACUGUAGUUUUGCUAUUUUGGUUUGUCGCAGGGAUCCCGGGGCCCUCGUCGCCGCCAACGCCUUCUAAAUCCCGGCGGAUAUCCUCCGGCUUCCUCCUCCCCCCAAAUGCCGCCGUCCUUCCGUCAAAGGAAAACCCAGUUCCCGUUGCCGGCCAUCGUACUCGCCGUCUUUACCGAAGAACGUUACUCCAUAAUCCUGCAGCAGCAAGCGCCACGACACUGACCCCUCUCUCUCUCUCGCGCGCGCGCGCUCUCUCUCUCUUUCUCGAAGAAGAAGAACAAUAAUAAUGGGAGCUCCGAAACAGAAAUGGACGGCUGAGGAGGAGGAGGCACUCCGUGCCGGGGUAGACAAGCAUGGGGCGGGCAAGUGGCGGAACAUCCAGAAGGACCCAGAGUUCGCCUGUUGGCUCGCCGCUCGCUCCAACAUCGACCUCAAGGAUAAGUGGAGGAAUAUGAAUGUUAGCGCAAGUGGUCAAGGCUCAAGAGAGAAGUCACGGUCUCUAAAGCUGAAAGCCAAUCCUAAUACUCCGUCAGUAAAUGCCAUGGUCUCUGAUAAAGUCCCAGAUGCAUUACCUGCAAAGGUUGCUGACUGCUCAAAGGGCUUAAAUGAUGGGAAAUACCCUGCGUCAAGGUACACUGAAAUGAUAUUUGAAGCUUUUUCAGCUCUACCUGACCCCAAUGGAACAGAAGUUGGUGCCAUUGUGCGCUUCAUUGAGGAAAAGCAUGAAGUUCCGCCAAAUUUUAGAAAGAAGUUGAGUUCAAAGUUGAGACAACUAGCUCAGCAGGGAAAAAUUGAAAAGGUCCACAAUGGUUACAAGGUCAUCAAUUCUUCACUUGGCACAAGAACUCCAACUCCGAAACAGACAGACCCAUUUCAUCGCUCAAAGUUGUCGGCAAAUUCUGCUCUUCAUACAACAAACAGCAUGGUUGAGAAAACAGCAAUUUCUAUAGCAUCUGAAAUUGCUGAAGCUGAAAUCAAAUCACAGAUGGCAUACAAAGCAAUGUUGGAAGCAGAGCGGGUUCAACGGCUAGCUGAGAAGACUGAUGCAAUGUUACAAUUGGCGAAGGAGUUUUAUGAGCAAUGUUCCAGGGGCAAAGUUGUCAUCAUGGCUUAGCCUGUGUAUGCCAUCGUAUCUGGAGAGGCCGAAUAGGACGUCCUUAUAAGAUCCUUCUAUAUUUUUUUGUUUUCAAUGCAAUAUAAGUGUAAUUCUGUUGGGUUAUUGUAGAAGCAAUUGAAGAAAUAUUUGUUGAAAUAAGAUCUGCCCAUUUAUUUAAA